GUGCCACCAGCGGUGCCACCAGCGGUGCCAGCAGCAGCAGCAGCAGCGGCGCAGCCACUCGGGGCCGUGGGGCGGCGAUGGCGGCGGGGCUGUGGCGGCGCGGGGCGCUCUGGGCCGCGCUGCUGCUGCUGGCGGCGGCGCAGGAGCCGUGGCGGCAGCUGAUCCAGUGGGAGAACAACGGGCGGCUCUACAGCCUGCUCAACAGCGGCGCCGAGUUCGUGCCCGCCGGGCAGGAGCGGCCCCCGGGCAGCCGCCUGUGGCUGGCGGGCACCGCGGGCACCGCGGGCACAGCGGGGACAGCGGGGACAGCGGGCAGCGUCCGCCGCCAGGCGCCCGCCUCGGGGACAGUGCGGGGACAAGCGCGACAUCCCUUCGGGUUCGGCCAGGUGCCGCCCAACUGGCGGGACGGAGCGCUGGGCGACGGCGGCGCGGGGGGACAGCGGCGACAAGCGGCGCGCGGGCGGCAGGCGACAGCCUCGGGGGUGGCCGUGUCGUCGUUCGCCUUCGCCUCGGCGGGACAGCCGCCCUUCGUCGCCGCGGGGGUGGCGGGACAGCCGCCCUUUGUCGCCGCGGGGGUGGCACCGCACGGGGAGCGCCCCGAGGGUGUCCCCGCGUCGCGGAGCGCGGUGGCGGCGGGGACAGGGAUGGGGACGGGGAUGGGGACACCUAUGGGGACAGGAAUGGGGACGGGGAUGGGGACACCUAUGGGGACAGGAAUGGGAACGGGGAUGGGGACAUCUAUGGGGACAGGAAUGGGAACGGGGAUGGGGACACCUAUGGGGACAGGAAUGGGGACACCCAUGGGGACAGGGUUGGGGACAGGGAUGGGGACAGGGCUGGGGACAGGGUUGGGGACAGGGACCGGGGCGGCGUUCCCGCUGCAGCCCCGCGCGCUCCCCGAGGGUUUCGGGGAGGAGCCGCCGCCGUUCGGAGCGGCGGGAGUGCCGCUGGAUCGCCGCUACUCGCACAGCCUCUACCACGACGGCGGCGCCGAGGCGCAGACCGGGACGGGAUCCAUGGAAAAUCUGGGAUUUGGGGCGCAGUUCCCGCCCCACGAGGCGCAGCCGCCGUUCCGGGCGCCCGAAUCCUUUGGGGUCGCUCAUCCCGAGCCCUUCAUUCCCGAAAUUCCUCAGGCCGUGCCCGACAGCCAAGCGCGGCUCAGCGUGGGCAGCGUCUACAGGCCCAGCUUUGGGGCCAGAGGGCUCCCGGACCUGGUCCCGGACCCCAACUACGUCCAGGCCUCCACGUACGUGCAGAGAGCUCACCUGUACUCGCUGCGCUGCGCCGCCGAGGAGCGCUGCCUGGCCAGCACGGCGUACGCGGCCGAGGCCACCGACUACGACGUGCGGGUGCUGCUGCGCUUCCCGCAGCGCGUCAAGAACCAGGGCACGGCCGACUUCCUGCCCAGCCAGCCCCGCCACCGCUGGCAGUGGCACAGCUGCCACCAGCACUACCACAGCAUGGCGGAGUUCAGCCACUAUGACCUGCUGGAUGUCACCUCGGGCCGCCGGGUGGCCGAGGGACACAAGGCCAGCUUCUGCCUGGAGGACACCACCUGCGACUUCGGCCACCUCAAGCGCUAUGCCUGCACCGCCCACACCCAGGGGCUCAGCCCAGGCUGCUAUGACACCUACAACGCCGACAUCGACUGCCAGUGGAUCGACAUCACCGACGUCCCCCCAGGGAACUACAUCCUCAAGGUCCAGGUCAAUCCCAAAUAUUUGGUGCUGGAGUCGGAUUUCACCAACAACGUUGUGCGCUGCCACAUCCACUACACCGGGCGCUUCGUGUCCGCCUCCAACUGCCGCAUCGCCCAAUCCUGACGGCAGCGGAACCCCAGGAGUGUCACCCGUCCCCUUUCCCGGGAAGUUCCCGAGGUGGCUCCGCUGCGUUCCCAAAGUUUCCCCUUUUCCCAAUAAAAAGCGGGGAAGCCA